AUACUUUUUUUAAAAGAUGUUUUAUUACUAUCAAUUUAGGAUAACCAUAUCAUACGUUUUAACUUAUUCAAUAUGGCUGCUCUAUGAUCACGUUUUCCAGUUUAACGUCAAAGUAUGUAGUGCCACCCACAAGUCAUUAAAAAGAAUUUCUUAUCAAGCUUUAUUGAUUAUACUUCAAAAUCUGAGCCUAAUAAAUAAACUUACAAUGGCAGAAAGUACUCAAAUACUCGAAGGAUUCUUGUGUCCAAUUUGUAUGACUGAUUUUAAAACCCCAAAUCAGUUAACCAAACACUUUGAAGAAGUACAUAAUGAUGAUCCUGAGAUAUUAAAAUCUCUUAAAGACUUAUUUGGAAAAGCAAAGAAAAAGAUUUUAAAGCAAGACGAAUAUCCAGAAUUGUUUGACAGUUCAACAUUGUCCACUACAAAAAGCAAUAGCCCAGAAAUUAAUUGGGGUCAUCAGGAAAUAGGAUUCACUAGAUCACACACUAAAUACUUUAAGGAAAUUAGAGAUGCAAGACUUGAACGUUACUCGACAGAGACUAAUAAGCUUCUCAUAAGAUUAGAUAAACUAUUACGCAAUUUACCAGUGGACCCUAUAGACAGAAAAAAUCACGAACGUACUAUUGUGCCAUGGAUCGAUGAUAAGGAUGUAAACUUAUGUCCGACCUGUGCAAAAAGUUUCCACAUUGCAAGAAGAAAACAUCAUUGCAGACUCUGCGGUGCUAUUAUGUGUCAUGAUUGUACCAUGUUCCUAUCACUAUCAGAUGCACGAAUAAUGACAAGUCCUGUUUCUGUACAAGACGACUCUGCUGUCUCUCCAACAUCCUCUGAAUCUCCAAUUACAGGACGCUUUGUGCGGGCUGGAAUAGGACUAACAAAAUUAGCACGUUCACCGUCGAGUGGUAGUUUGAACAGCGUUUUAUCAUUGGUGAAUGAUCCUGCUAGUGGUGAACAACAUUUCCGCCUAUGUAUUCACUGUAAAAACCUAUUAGAUGCAAGAGAACGUUUAAAGCUGCGCCAAUUCGAUAAACCAAUUACUUGUCAAUUCUAUGAGAAAAUGCGCUCUUAUAUGGAAGAAGCUACACGAUACGUAUCAAUGUAUAAUAAAAUGUAUCAAUCACUCAGCGAAGGUGAAUCCACCUACAAUCUCAGGGAUGCUCAAAUUCUACGUUCUAAGAUUGCUAAAAUUGGGGAAAAUAUAGAUACAAUUAGCAAGAAAAUUUUAACUUUUGGUGUAAAAGAUGCAGAAAAUCCUGUUCAAGGAUUGGAACUGAAGUUGCAUCAAAUGGUCAGAGCAUCAGCAGUAAUAUUCUUAAAGGAGCAAUUAUUGAGUCUCCCAGCUAUUCCAACUGAGGAGGAAUAUCAAACUUUACAGACAGCACGUCAACAAAGAAUAGAAGCAAGAAUAGAAUACCAAAAACAGUUGGAAAUGGAGGAAAGACAAAGAGAAAAGAAAAAAGAACAGAAACGUGAAAUUAGAAGCGUUGCGGAUGUUGGUUCGUCUGCAACUAAAGAUCAGCUGGUACUCGAUCAAUCACAAGGAUGGGGACCGUCCAGUGCACCUUUACUUCCCACAUCGAUGGACCCAAUUAUUGAACAGAUGAGUAAUCUUCGAGCAUAUAUUAAACAAGCUAGAGCAGAUUGUAAAUUUGAUGAAGUUGCUACAUUAGAAAAUAACUUGAGAGAACUCCAGAGUGCUUACUUUGCUAUGAAGCACAGUAACAGUAGCGACGAUUAACUGAGUCUAGGAUUUUAGCUUGGGUAAUAACUGUGUGUAAAUUAAUGCCUACAAGCGGUUCGUGGGAAAGGCGAACAAUGUGACAUCUAGCUUUUAUGCUCUUUUUUACUUUUCUUUUAUUAUCCACUAUUUC